UGAAUCGAUUCUUCUCGUCUGUGAGCUGAUCGAUUGAGCGCUUCUCUGCUGCUGAUCACGAACGGCACGAUUAACCUCUGCAUCUGCACUGAAGGUACUAAAAGAUUUGCUGGAACAGUUAAGGAACCGGAAUCGUUAAGAGGAAUCGGAACCGGAAUCGUUAAAUUCUUUACGAUUCCCAUCCCUACAUCUGGGAUGGCAUGAUGGUGCUGUAGAGAGUGCCAUGCAGGAAGGAGAGGAGAGGGAGUGAGGCGAUGGGCUGCACCUCAGCCAAGCAGUUGUCAUCUGUACCCAGUGAUGAAGAGGGCCGGGGAAAGGCUCACAGUAAUGGAGAUGCCUUCUCUGAUGAGUACAAACUGAAAGGAGUUGAGAAGGUGAAGUACAUGCAUGGAGAAGAGGAGCGCAUGAACACACGCAACCAAGAGAAUUUGGAAAAGAGCACAAUUUUGCACAAGGCCAUGCAUAAAGAUGCCACCGGAAGUAUUAAUAAGAUAAGUAUCCACUCUUCAGAGAGCCAGCAGGAGUUCUUUAGGAUGCUGGAUGAGAAGAUUGAAAAGGGAAGAGACUACUGCUCGGAGGGGGAGGAUAUGACAUAGCAUGCUGGGAUUUGGGCCAACCGCAGCCAAUCCUGCCCUAAUGUUCUUUAAGACACCUUUCCAUGCCCCCUCACCCAAUAAAUGCUAAUCAUUAAGGGUUAAUAACAAGGUUGAAAGUCACUUGCAAACCCUGUUAUUCCCUCAGUUUACAUACUACACACUUCUCCCAGAUGUCUUACUGGUCAGUAUUUGAGACUCUUGAGGACUAGUAUUUAUGUGGUAGGGGGGCAUGGAAAGACCAUGUUUAAGAAACUGGAUUUUGCCCAAGUUUGGAAUGGGAAGCCAUUUUCAGACUGUUCCUUAAUCCCUUGCCUUACACUACCCAUAAGCCUUCUCCUUCUCAUAGACUACGCAUAACGGAGAGUCCUGGAUUUCGCAUGGAAUUUUAAAAAUGGACAACUUUUGAACACUACAUACUUAAAGACAGCACAUGAACAUCAGGAAUGUGGUGGACCCGAAGCGGAGACAACAUGUCCUCUCUGGGAUGCACACUAAGCGGGAAUUAUGUACCGAGACUUGAUUCUGUCUAGGUCAUGCUGUUAAGACAUAAAUGAAAGCAAAUGGACAGAAACACAAGACCAUUUCUAGCAUUCCAGUGUGUGUAUGUUGUUGAUUUUUGUACUAUGUAAGCAAAUUAUUUUUCACCCACAAAUGUAUUAUGUAUGUUUUUUUUUUGUAUUUUCUUUUGAGUUAUGUGUUGCAAUGCUCAGGACAGUGGUGCUGUAUGUCUCAUCACUAGAUGUGUUGUUAGAUGAGUGCAGCACAGUUCCUUCAAUGCUGGUCUUGAGGUUUAAAGGGAUAGUGCAACUAAAAAAUAAAGAUUCAUUUAUUUGGAACACAAGGAGGUUACCAAAACCAUUCGCACUGUAAGGAACAAAGAUCACUUUUAUGUUUCAAGGAAGAAAGUAAUACAGGUUUGGAACAAGUGAAUAAAUGAUGAAAUAACAUUCAUUUUUGGUUCUACUAUCCCUUUAAAUACAGCUGAAUGACAGAGAUAGAUCUCAGCAUCUAGUAGAGUCGUGUUUAGAGACACCAGUUAUAGUAUCUAAAGGUCUUAUCGUUUUCAAAUCCUCAUUUUGUUUUAUUAAACAGGUUGAUAUCACAAGUUAGCUUGACAUUUACAUUCAGUGUUCUUAUAUAUAGUUGAAAACCAGUGCAAGUUUCUAAACCAGCCUUCCAAAUGUUUUACAUGGACAAUUUUUAUUACCAGGAAGUGCUUCCUUUUACGUUUAUGAUGAUAAAAUUACCAUAGCCUUAAGCACACUAUUUUUUUUACUUUGAAAUGAACAAUAUCCCAUCAAAGUGUAUGCUUAAACAAGUUCUCUAUAUACAGUCCAAGCCAAAUGAUAUUGCCAAAUAUGCAGUAAAAAUAAAUACACAUUGUCCAAUUAACAAAAGAUCUGAAGCUCAGAAAUCUGGUUUAUAAAGAAAUGUUUUGCUCGGAGCUGCUGCACUGUUUACUUAAGUUUUGGGGAAUUUUACACAACUGACAUUUCAAGUAUUUGUUUGAGUAAAGAGGAGCAACUGAUUGGUGUUGUCUGU